GUGAUGUUGUUGUUGUGAUGUUUGUUGUAUAUUGUGAUGUUAUUGUUGUCCUGCUGGUAGAGGGGGAGUACAGUCCUUUGGAGAUGGAGCGACGUUCAGGCCUGUGGCUCCUGUUAGAGGAGACAGAGGAGUUUUCUCCUCUCGUCUCAGUAGCAGGAAGUGACGUCACACACUGUGACACACCUGCCUCCCCCCCGCCGUCUCGCAUCACCUCCUUCACACCUCCAUCCGACACUUUGCCCACCGCCAACACGCCGUCCACCACCUCUUUCAUCACCAUGUCUGACUCCGCCCACGAUGACGAGGAGGGAGACAAAGCUCCGCCCACAUGGCGCACACAUGUCGUCAUCACGGAGACAGCUGUUCAGAGGCAUCCUGCUGGAGGGGGGGUCUCAUUUGAUGACAAUAGCACUGAGCUGAAGAAGCCCCUCCUCCUACAUGGCAGAGAGGCGGGGCCAGAUGGUGAACGGGCGGCUCCACACCCUAGAAAGGUGGAGGUGGAAGGGGGCGGGGCAACAACUUUGUGGAGGUCUGUCUUUUCAGAAAACAGGAAGGAGAAGAAGAAGAAGAAGAGCAGAACUUUGCCUCCUGGUACAGAGAGGGAUGCAGCCAAUCAAAGGAGAGCUACAGAUGAGAGAGGAGGCCUGACGGAAGAGUCCGAUCUGGACUCGUCUGCUUUGCUGCAGAGAUGUUCACUGAAACCAGGAAACAACGUAAGACUCAAACACACCUACGUCAAUGACAUCAUCAUUACAUCACAUUGACACAUAAAAGGAUUUGUAACUAUAAACCUGAACCAGCCCGAACUAUAAACCCGAGCCAGCCCUAACU